AUGAGUGCAUAUGCUUCCGUAAAUGAAAAUUACAAGUUUGUACUUGCAAUAAUUGAUAAUUUUUCCAAAUAUGCAAUUGCUGUACCACUCAAGACAAAAAGUGCAAAAGAUGUUACUGCAGCGAUGAAAUCUGUUUUCCUGAAAGGUCGAUAUCCAAAAAAACAUUCACAUGUCGAUCAAGGCAAAGAAUUUUACAACAGUGAAUUUAAGAAUCUCAUGAAAAAAUAUAAUAUAAAUAUGUACUCAACAUAUAGUACUUUAAAAGCAAGCUACACUCCCAAUUGGACAACUGAAGUUUUUACAAUCACAAAAGUAUUGAAUACAAUACCGAUAACUUACAAGCUUGCUGACUAUCAAGAUAACAAUGUUGAAGGAUGUUUUUAUCAAGAAGAACUGAGUCCAGUACGCUAUCCAGAUAUAUAUCUUGUUGAAAAAAUUUUAAAAAAACGUAAAAAUAAAGUACUUGUAAGAUGGUUAGGUUUCGAUUCUGAACAUGAUACAUGGGAAAAUGAAUCAGAAUUAUGA